GAUUUUCAUGUAUUUUAUUACUAUUGUAUGUACAGCACUGCACUGCACUGUUAUGGUUCUCCGAUUUAACGUCUGUGAAGCUGAACUAUGAAUGAAGCUGAACUCCAUGUUUUUGUAGAUGUUUACACUUUUUUUAUAUAUAUGUAAAUGAAGACACUGCAUGAUAAGGAAUUUAUAGGACUUAUUUUAAGUAAUUACUAAAAAGGUCACAAGAUUAGAAGUGAGCAUCUUAAUCCCAGAUUUAGAAUUACAAAAGAUGUCUUGCAUAAUGACAGUAAAACCUUUCCUAAAUUAAUCUCCUCUACAUAAGAUUAACAGUCUUAUGCAUAAAAUACAGCCUUCAUUAAAGAAGUUUGCCAAUUAUGUAUAUUCUAUUAAAAAACAAAAAACAAAACAAUGCUCACUUUUGCAUAUAGCCUAAUGUUGCUUGAAACUCAAACAUUCAAAUGUGUGAACCUCUUAGACUAAACAGAGAAGGGUUAAUCCAUAGUUAAACUGAUGGGUAUAAAUACAGUACAUCAUAUCAAUUUUACAAUAAAUACAAGUUAAAACCUCAAUAGCAGAAAUACUAGAAGGGAAAAUAAUUCAAUCACCCCCUUGGAUUGUGCUGUAAUUGGCAUCGCUCUGCCUAGAUAUAACAUCUAGAAACCAGCAAAUUGCCUGUUAAAACAAAAAAAUCCCAUGUGACCAAAUGCCCUGCAUGGUGUUAAUUGAAAAAAGCAAACAACCUGACAGCCAUGGUGAUUUCUGUUAGGGUUAAUAUUAAGGCUUUAUUACAAUCGACUCUCAAAAAGCAAGAUACAAGCAACAGUGUGAAAUGAAAAUAGGAACUUUUAAAUAUUUUUCAGAUCGAAAUGGAAUUUAAAAAGUCAUGGAAUUAACCUAUUUCACCCAUACUUGAUUGGAGAUGAAAAGUAAUUUCACCAAUGUUCGAGGACAAGUCAACGACACAUGGCAUAACACUAUAGAAGUUGCAUUCUUGGCUGCCAAUUGUCUAGUUUUGCUUGUAACUUUGCACAUAGGAAUUCUCGCUAAUUUGUUCGUGACAUGGGCUGUGCACCAUCAGAAGUCGCUCCAGACAUCCAACAACGCGCUCCUGGUGAAUCUGGCUAUUAUUGACAUCCUGAGAUGCGCUAUUGAUUGCCCGUUUCUCCUCAGCAUCGUUUUGAGCGCACGAGACUCACGAGACCUCGGGCUUCUGUUCUGUAGCGCACAGAUUGCGUCCUUUUCUCUCAUCUGUUGCGUACAGUUACUCACGUUGGCGUGCAUCAGCGCGGAGAGGUACCAAGCCAUCGCGCAUCCGUUUAAAACAGCCGAGCGACGAAAACGGAUCACGAUGUGGAUUCCCUUGACCUGGGUGGUUCCGAUCUCCAUAUCCGUACUGUGCGUGAUUUUCGCGAAAGACUCGCCGGUGUACAUCAGAUGCAGAGGUCUACGCAUGGACACUUUAGACUCGUACGACACGUUUGGAUUUUAUAUUUUGACUCCCGUCUGGUGCGUGUGUUUGGUGGUCAUAAUUGGAUUUUACGCGCGGAUAUUCCUUCUAGUGAGAGCGCACAGCAGGAAAAUAUUUGACAAGGGGUCUUUUCCACCACCUGACAAGAAGAAAGAAGAUACAAGUACGCACAAAGAGGAAACAAAGUCAAGCGAUCCAGAAAAGGCACAGAUAGUAGAUACAGAUGACUAUUCAAAGCCAAACGAAAUGAAUGAGCAUGUCAGAAAAACCAACACCAAUUCCUUACAUGUUAAUAUACCAGGCAUUGUGUCUGAAAUAUCCAAAGAAACUAAAGUAACUUUUAAAAAUGAAUUUAUCAAUGAAGCAUCUCAAGUUAUAGAUCUAGAAGGUGCUGCGGAGCCAAACACCCACCAAGAUACUUCUCCAGAAACCUUAUUACCAACCAAUGGAGAAGGUGGUGCAGUGGAGGCAAGUGCUUUCCAAGGUACUGCUCCAGAAACUUCCCCAUCCUCAACAAAUGGAGAAGGUGGUUCAAAGCCAAAUGACCACCAAGAAAGUGCUGUAGAAACUUCGCCAACAUCAACAAAUGGAGAAGAUGGUUCGGAGCCAAACAGCCACCAAGACAGUGCUGCUGAAACUUCUCCUACAUCAACUAAUGGAGACGGUGGUGUGGUAGAGUCAAAUACCACUAAGGAUACUGCAGAAACGUCUCCAGCAUCAAAUGAAGAAGCUAAGACCGCUACAGCUCCACAGGAGGAAGUGGUGGGUGCCGUCUGUAUAAUGCCGUCCCUUGCUCAAAGGGAAAGAGGGAAUGCAAAGAAGGAGAGUAAACUGGCCAAGCGCUCUGGAUACAUCAUUUUAACCUUCCUUGUAUUUUGGAUCCCACUGAUUUUGACGGUGGUCUUGAAUCACUUAUUUUACCACAACAGCACUUUAACAGUGAGUUUUAGGGUAUCAUUGACAAAAAAAAAAAAAAAAAAAAAUGUCUUUAAAUUUACAUUUUCUUUUACUUUACAAAUAAACUUUUUGGUUACAAGCCCAGCUUUAGGCUACAUCACUAUUCACUGACAAUACUACAAUACUAUGUCUUGUAUAAGACCUAUAGCUACUAAUUUCGUGGCACCUAUGUUUUUAA